CAAGGGUUCAAAGAAAAUUGGUCCUUAUUUUCGUGAAAACUGGGAAGCUAAUCUGCAAACCGUAGCCCAAAAACAUGGGCCUCCAGAAAAAAACGUUGACGUUUAGGCCGGGGCUCUGAUCUCGCUCAAGCGUGCCAUCACAGCAUGCCCCCGUUGUCGACGGAAAUUAGUCUCAACUUGAACAUAUAUUGGCGCAAGAAAUGGUACGAUUGAACGAUCACAUGAAGCUCUCAGCUUCAUUGCAGUUAGUUGGUCACUAUAUAAUCUCAUUUAUCUUCGUGGUGUUCACUCAAUUUGCCAUCUCUUUAGUUCCUCGCUUCUUCCCCUCCUCGCCAUUUUUUAUCCAACUCACUCUCUUAGCUUUGGUGCUGCUAGUAGUGGUAGGUUUUGGUCGAUGGAGUAGGUGGAUUCUUAGAGUCUAUGCGUCAGCUCCAGCUAUCGUUUUUUUCAAUAUACUGUUUAUUUGGACUGUGUAUGUGGCUAUUAUUCGACAAGGUGCUUCUGUUUCAAGUUUAAUAGAUGCUUUAUUUAAUGGACAGAUUGCUGUGAUCGUAAUUGGUUUUUGUAGGAUCCUAUUAAGUGAUCCAGGUCGGGUAACACAAGAAUCUCUUUGUUCGGACAGACUUGUUGAAAGUUCAGAUUUUGGAGUUGAACCUGGCAAUAAGGGUUCCCCUUCACACAGGAGGGUUAGAUAUUGUAAAAGGUGCAAGGCACACAUAAAGGGCUUUGACCAUCAUUGUCCUGCUUAUGGGAACUGUAUAGGCGAGAACAAUUAUGUUCUCUUCAUUGCUCUUUUACUUGGGUUCUUAUCAGCUGAAGCUUCUUAUGUUGUGUGCUCAGUUCAGUUUGUCAGAAAAAUUCAGAGAAAUGAUACAGAUUGGUCUGAGAUUAAUGUGUUUGGAAAUUUGGCUAUUAGCACGAUGCUGUUCUCUAUUCUCCAAAUAUUAUGGCAGGGCGUGUUUCUGACAUGGCAUUUGUAUUGUGUGUGCUUCAAUAUCAGAACUGAUGAGUGGAUAAACUGGAUGAAGUAUCCUGAGUUUCAACUUGUUCAGUCUGAACCAGGAACAAGCUUUACUAGGGUGGAGUUUAGAAAUCCAUAUGAUAAGGGUGUUCUACAGAAUGUAAAGGAACUUUUAGCAAUAAGAUGAUAACAGUAUGAAUGCGUGUAUUCUGCUUCCAGGCAGCAAUGGCUGUCUCUCUUUCUUGUGCUAACAAUUUUAAGUUUGUCAAAGGCUGUAUUUUGAUGCACAAAAUGAGCCUUAUGAGGAGUUGAACGAGUGAUAUGCCGUUUAAAUUGUCAACUGAAGUAAGGGAUGCAAUUUAGUCAGUGUCAGGUUUUUUUAGGCGACUUGGCUAGAUGAUCUUAUGUGGAUAAAUGACAGCCUUGGUUCAUAUGAAAGUGACGUCUAUGUAAAUAUGCUUCUUUGGAUUAGGCACAAUUAAAAUGUCGAUAGAAGCAAGCUGUUCCUGUUGUUACUGCUAACGAAGUAAUUGGAUAAUUUUCUUAGUUUAUUUUUGUCAA